UCAACACUCUGACUCUACACUAGAGUAAAGACUUGUCUUCACCUCUCAGAGUCCUCUCACUGCUGCUGCUUUUACACAUCAGAACAUCAGACACCAGGAUGAUGGCUUCCUUCAUGUGCAAGACCAUCACUUUGUUCAUCAUCUGCAUCGCUCUGCAAGAGGGUUGUGGACUUCCCUUAUCAGACGGGGCAGAGCUGCAGAAUCCACAUCCACACCGCGUCAGGACCAAACGCUGCUCCUGUAACAGCUGGGAUGAUAAAGAAUGCAUCUACUUCUGCCACCUGGAUAUCAUCUGGAUCAAUACGCCAAGUAAACUCCUUCCUUAUGGCCUUGGAAGUCCCCCAUCCCGCCGCCGCCGCCGUUCAACCGAACGUUGCACAUGCCUGAACCCAGCCGAUAAAACCUGCUCUGGAUUCUGCUAUAAAAGCUCUGAGAACCCAAAGACUGAUGGUGUGCGUCCAUUGGUAGACUCUCCAAGCACAAACCGCAACAAGCUGCUGGCAUCUAUCAGAUCUGUGAUCAAGUCCAACAUUGCAAAGAAGAAGAAUUCGUCAUCGAGAGAGAACCCAGCUGGAGUGAAAAGGCUGAGGAGCAGAACCAGGAAGUAG